AUGUAUACAACGCCUUCGCAGUGUGAGACCGGCAUGUUUGUGGCUAGGUCAUCUUUAAACUCGGUAACAUUCGUACUUGCAGGUCGGACCACGCUGUCAGAGCAUUGCCCUACCGAGCACAUCGAAGUCGAAUAUGCCAUAGCCGAGCGCUCACCGUACCUUCGCAUCUACCUUCCACAGCACGUGCGCGAUGACAGACCUUUACUGCCCAUUCAGCUCGGCGACAUCGAUCCCGCAGGCUUCAAGCUUUACAUCGAAUGGCUCACUACUGGCGCCGUGGAAGUUUCCACCCAAGGAUCCCUUCAACUCAACGCCUGCAUCGAUUUGAUAUACGCGCACAUCGUCGGCUCCGCGUUCUCGCAACCGAACUUCCAAGACUACAUCAUCGAAAAGCUAGCUUCUGUUCUUGACUCCGCGCAAACGUUCGAUCAAAAGAUGCUUGCAAUACUGUAUCUGGAAAAACAUGCGUCGACGUUACUGCGGAGGCAUGGAAGGGCGGGUGAGUUUGAGCAGACAGACAAGGUGAACGCAGUAGGAGGGAAGAAAUGGAGUAUUGACGAUGAUCCGGAACUGAAUGCCAUGGCAGCGCAAUAUUUGGGCAAAGCAACGACCCCUUCGAGAACUGACAAGUCAUCAACAAGUCUCGACACCAGGCAUGCGUUCAGUCAAGACAUCAAGACGCCCAUCAACCCCACCGAGGUCUUCUUCGCGUCUAUCCCCAACCUCUCCAUCUGCUUCCCGGCCUUCUUCACCGUUAGACUUGAUACCGCCCUCCCUCCGCCCCGGCACACCCCUGGCAUCUACGCACCCAACCCGCAACCUAACCUUCGCACCUCUACCGAAGUCACAUCUCUCAAAAAAGAAGCCCUUUCUUCUAGACAACACACUACGCGCAUCAUCUCCAUCGCCAUACCCUUACAGGUCGACCACUCCAGCACCUAG